GAAACGGAACGCAUUUGUUUGUUGACGUUUCACGUCUCGUCUGGAGUUUACUAGAAAUUGUGGUAUUUUCAUUAGUGGUUUGUUAUUUUAUUCGCAUUUCGUGACAAUAAUGUCUAACUAUCCAGAUUUAGUGAAUAAGUUCGGCAAGGAGACGGCCCGGGCUGCUUGUAAAAAGUGUGGUUAUGCUGGGCAUCUUACGUUUCAAUGCAGAAACUUUAUAAAGGUGGAUCCCAAUAAAGAAAUAGUGCUUGAUGUGAGCAGCACAAGCAGUGACUCUGAGGAGGAGUACGCUACACCACUACAACGGCUCCGAGAAGCAGAACUAAGGCAGAAGUUACAAGAGAAGCUACAGAAAGCCAAGGAGAAGAAGAAGAGUAAAAGUAAAAAGAGAAAGAGAUCUCGGUCAUCAAGCACCUCGUCCACAACUAGUACCUCUUCAUCAUCAUCAACAUCCAGCAGUGAUUCAGACAGUAAGAGCAGGAAGAGGAAACAUAAGAAGAAAUCAAAGAAGUCCCACUCAAAGAAGUCUCAUAGCGAAAAGAAAAAGAGUCGGAAAUGACGUUUGCCAUUCUCUUUUCGAUUGUAGUUAAGAUGCCAUAGUUAGCCAUUAUUUA